CGUCAGCAAAGUCCUUUUUUGACAAACCUCUGCAAGAGUCUCCGCGUCCUUCUCCGCCUCCAACCCGUAGAUUCGUCGAUCUCUUCACUCAUGGCCACCGCUGCUCUCCUCCGCUCUCUACGACGCCGUGACGUCGCCUCCGCUCCUCUUUCGUCCUACAAAUGCUUGACUAAUGAUGUGAGUCCAAAGUGGGCUCCUUCUAAUUUCAGCCAAAAUUGGGCUGGUUUGUCAAGAGCUUUGAGUGCAAAACCUGCAUGUGGAGAUUUUAUUGGUGUUGAUCUGGGUACUGCAAAUUCAUUUGCUGCUGUUAUGGAAGGGAAGAAUCCCAAAGUUUUUGAGAAUGUUGAAGGAUGUAGGAUAACCCCCUCAGCUGUUACCUUCUCCCCAAAGAUGGUAGCUGGGAUCUUUGGAAAGAGCCAAAGCAAGGGAGUAAACCCAGUUGGGGCAGUGGCUAUGGGAGCUGCUAUUCAGGGUGGAAUUUUACGUGGAGGUGUCAAAGAAUUGCGUCUCCUUGAUGUGGCUCCCUUGUCACUUGGUAUCAAGACACGGGUUUUCUCCACAGGGACUGACAACAAGGACCAGGUUGCGGGUAUUCCACCACCUCCCGGGGGCACGCCUCAAAUUGAGGUGACCUCUGACAUUGAUCAACCUAAUACCUCACAUGUCCUUCGCCCAUUAUCUCCUCAUCUUCCUAUUUAUAGGCCCCAGGUUCAUUCAACAUUUUCCAUUGUCAAUAGAAUCUCCGGGGCUUUCCUAUCUGCUCUAGUUUUGUUUUUUUGUCUUAUUCAUCUGAAAGCGGGUUCGAUUUGCUUCACCUAUUAUAAUUUCUACCAAUUCCUCUUUUAUUCAUCCAAGCUGAUCCUACCUGUCGUCGAUGUUACCGCUGCCCUUGCCCUGACCUAUCAUCUGUUUUAUGGGGUUCGACAUUUACUGCAUUGAAGGAUUUCUCUUUAUUCAAAUAAGGAGCCCUCAAAUCAAAAAGCGGUCCCUUUUCCCUUCCUUGCUGAAAGGGGCAACCCUCUCUUGAUAUCCGUUGUAGGGGGGCUUCUCCUUGGGAGAUUAAUUUGAGUGUAUUAAGUCUUUUUGUUUGUAAAUUGAAUGUGUUAGUCUUUUUGCUCAUGUGGAAACCGCCUAUGGAUGCUGAGGCUGAGGCCUUUUUUAUUGUAUCAAUAACCAAAUUUGUUUCUGGAAGGGGAUUGUUUGUUCAUUUGACAACUGCCUAUCAAUAUUGAGGCUGAGGCCCUUUCAUUGCCAUUGUUGC